UGACGCCUGAAAUGUGGGAGGAGAGGAUUAAAAUAUGGUACGCUGAUCAUAAGGGGAUGUCGAGAGACGAGGCUGAAAUGGAAUAUUUGAAGAUAGCCCAAGACUUGGACAUGUAUGGCGUAAAUUAUUUCGCCAUUAAUAAUAAAAAAGAAACGGAUUUAUAUCUCGGCGUGACGGCGCUCGGUCUCAACAUAUACGAGAAAGACAAUAAACUGACACCAAAGACGACCUUCCCCUGGUCGGAGAUCAAGCACAUAUCGUUUGAUGAUAAGAAAUUCGUCAUCAAAUUCGUCGACAAGUCGGCCAAUAACUUCAUAUUCUUCUCGCCGAAGGGGAUGAAUAAAUUGAUAUUGGACUUAUGUAUUGGCAACCAUGACCUAUACAUGCGUCGAAGGAAACCAGACACAAUGGAGGUUCAGCAAAUGAAGGCACAGGCCAAGGAAGAGAAAUUGCGUCGCCAAAUAGAGCGCAACAAGUUGGCGAGAGAGAAACAGCUGCGCGAGGCGGCGGAGAGAGAGAGAGCCGCGAUGGAGCAACGGCUGCUGCAGUACCAGGAGGAGGUGCGGCUGGCCAACGAGGCGCUGCGACGUUCAGAAGAAACGGCGGAACUGCUAGCGGAGAAAGGAAGAGUCGCGGAAGAAGAGGCGUCUCUUCUCGCGCAGAAAGCGGCAGACGCGGAGAGAGAGAACGCGAGACUGCGGCUGUCUAAUAUACGGACUGAGGAGGAAAAGGUGCACCUGGAGCGCAAGACUCGCGAGGCGGAGUUCCUGACCGCGCGGCUGGUGGAGGAGUCGGAGAAGAGAGCGGCGGAGGCGGAGCGGCUCAAGGCGGAGCUGGUGGCCGCCAGACUCGCGGAGAAGCAGGCCAAGGAGAAGCUGCUGAACUUCCUCAGCAGGACCUCCACCGGCUCGCUGCCGCCGCUCAACUCGUACCAGCUGGUGCCCGACGACCCCGACCCACACAUACACCGGCUGUCGCUUGAGAUCGAGAAGGAAAGGGUGGAAUACUUAGCCAAAUCGAAGCACCUCCAACAGCAGUUGGACGAAUUACGCUGCGAGUUCUCCGUCCUGCGAGUGGAGCAGCCCGGAGCGACCCUGGACCGGCUCCACGAGGCACAGGCUCGAGCUGGUGAUGACAAGUACUCCACGCUGCGGAGGCUGAAGCAAGGCUCCACCAAGACCCGACUGGCCUUCUAUGAGGAGCUUUGAGAAAUGCAGUACAAUGAAAGGAGUCUCAAUUCCGCUUCAAUCAUCUCUAACUUUAGCCAUAAGUGACUGUAACUAUAUGCCUACUAUAUAAUAGUGAAAUAACUAGGCCCGGUUUCAUCGCUUGCCAAUAGUGUCCCGAAUAGCCUAUUUAAUGCUACAUCACGUUUAUUUUCAGCAUUUGCCAUUCUAACUGACAGAAUAGUUGAAUAGUACCUAUCCGAGUAAUGGAACCGGCCACAAUUGUCUCAAAUUUAUUAAGUUAAGCCCGAUGACAAUAAUUAGAUAGAUAUGUAUUUUUUUUUAAUGUGUUCUUUCCUUUUUGAUCAUAGACUUUUAAAUAUGUGUGAAAUUAGAAUUAAUUUGAAUUUUUAUAUAAGUUAAAAAACAAGUAUCAAAAUCUCACACUGAAUCCUUAUGAUAUAGUAAGUAAAGACUAUGAUCAUAAUAAAGAUUGAUUUUUUAUAAAUGAAAAAAAUAAUUACAUUUUUUAAACCGAAGUGUUCCUUUUGGCGUUCUAAAAAUAAAUUACUUCGCGAGCCGCAAUUAUUUUCAUGCACAUACAUUAGAAGUAUAUUAAUAAGAAUCUGUCUGUAUGUUCUGUGGCAUAUCUUUCUUAUAUUUUUUUUAUCUGUACCGCUUUAUGUCUAGUGGAAUACCAUGACCAUGACAAGCAGUAUUUCUAGUGGGGAAAGUGACGGACUAAACGAUCUAUUUGUCUUUCUCCCACAUUAGAAUUGCUCCUGCUUUAAGACGACAGUAACCCUAGGUGUCGUGUGAAACACAGAAGAAUUGCCAAGAAAGAGAAAGAGAGAGAGUGACAGAAGAAUGAGGUGCUCAUUUCUAAUGUAGUAUCGGUGUGAAAAAUAAAAGAAAAAAACAGUGAUCUUCUCUCUCUUUCUAAAAUCCGAUGUUUCUACUCAUAGGCGGCGGUAUGUCUUCUAAUAUAAGGUCAUAAUAAUAUCUCUUUUAUAUAAACUUACAUCUUUUAUACUUAUAUACUUUUGUCUCGAACUUUAACAUUAUCUGUGCAGCUUCUUGGCCUUGAUUUUCCGAUCAGACAUGAUAUUUGUUAAUAUAUCUUUUAUUGUUUUGUCACCCUCACCGAUUUUUUGAAAAUAUAAUUCAAUUAAUCUUUUAUAUUUUCUAUAUGUAUAGAGAAAAGCGCAUAAUUCUUUUUUUUAUUUAGAUAGUUUUUAAUAAUUAUACAAUCGUUAAGAUUGCCAUAUGUAUUAAUGUGAUACCAUAUUGGUUAUUUUUUAUACGUUUCGUUUAUAUUUUUAUAUGAAAGUGGUUAUGAAAUAUAUAUUAGAUAAUAGAAUAAUAGUUUUUUCCUAAUUUUGAAUAGGUAGUAUUAUUUUUUCAAUAUAAAAAAGUACGUACGAAAAGCUGUUCCUAUCAUACUUUGAUAAUUAUUUAUAUAGAUAUAAAUAAACGACUGACGUAAGAUUGCUAUACCUGUAUUUAAAGAGAAGAUUUCAUUUCGCCUUCAUAUUUUGUACUCGAUAAAUAAUUAAUUAAUAAAAAUAAAAACAUCUGCGACAUAAAAAUUGUGAAUUUCAAUCUUACAAUAAAAGGACAUAUGAUGACGUUUCACGCAUGUAGAUAUGGUGAAAUUUCAAUGUAGUUUCGAGCUUUUACUAUUUAGUUGUACAGGCACUUAGUAAGUAUAUCGAUUUAAGUUACACAAUAUAAUCUGAUUAUAUAUAAACAUCUGUUUAAAAGUGCUGAAUAAUUUGUUAGGUGUAUAUCUUUUCUUUUUAUACAAUAGACGAAAGUCUUUAUGGAGUACAAAGUAUGACUUCAGGAUAUUUUAAUUAUAUCUAUUUGAUCUCUAAGCAUCCAAUGUUGUUGUUAAUAAAAAUUAUAAAUCGUCGUAAAUAUAAGUAAAAAGUCGUUCGAACAAACCCUCUCCAACAUGGGACUAUGAAAUUGUCUCAGAACUUUUCAUAUAUUUUUACAAGAAUGUUAAUGAAAUUCAUUUUUGAACAGAGCUUAUUCCAAAAACUAUGUAUAAAAUUGUAUUUAUAAAUUGUUUAAAUUAUAAAUGUCCUUAUAAUAACAAAUUUAUUGUAUGUUGCUAAUAAUGAUUUGGCUUAGCAUUGAAAAAUACCGUAUAAAUUAUAAUUUUCGUAGACCUGUUGUGCCUUAUUGAAUUAAAAAUUGAAGUAUGAAUGCGAUAUAGCAUUUUGAUAUGCACACCACUUUUUUACACUAAUGUUUCGGUUACGUUAUUUUAGAGGAAACAAAUUGUAUUCCAAAUGUCGACUAGACAAUGUAUUUUGAGUGUAAACGAACAGUAGAAGGAAGAAGGGGGUAUGCUGGUAUAACUAUACAAAUGGUAAUAAACUGGUAUAACCCCUCCUACGAGAACUAUUAAAUUGGGAUUGCAUAUCAAAAUGCUAUACAAUUUUAAUUUAAUUACAAGAAAUGUUUAACAUUUACAUCUCUUGACAAGUGACCUGACAAAAUUGUGGUGUAAUAAAACGUUACAAUUGUUCAACGACGUGCCUUGUGACAUAAACAUAUUUAGAAGCUGAAUUUUGUAAAUAAAAUAUUUAUAAAUUUUUAUUA